GUCCAUAUGGUUACUUAGGGCAGUCAGGGAGAAAGAAGAAAGUGGUCGAGUUGUGUAUUUUUAUAUGAUAUAUAAUAAAGAAAACGGUUUUUAAAAUGGUUACUUCUUAUCCUUUACCGGAGGGUUUCACUGAUAUGGAUGUGUUCGGAUUAGGGACUGCUCUUCUUGUGGAGGGUCUCCUUGGCUUCUUACUCAAUGGACUGGCGAUACUUUCUUUUUUUAAAGUAAAGGAAAUGAGAACUCCCAGUAAUUUUCUCGUUCUCAGUCUGGCUGCGGCAGAUAGCGGGGUUUCCAUGAACGCUUUUGUUGCAGCGUUCUCCAGCUUUUUGAGGUACUGGCCAUAUGGUUCGGAAGGUUGCCAGACUCAUGGCUUUCAAGGGUUUGUGACAGCUCUAGCCAGCAUCAGCUCCUGUGCAGCCAUUGCCUGGGACAGAUACCACAAGUACUGCACCAGAACAAAAUUGCAGUGGAGUACUGCCAUAACAGUUGCAGUUGUGGUGUGGGGAUGUUCUGCAUUCUGGUCUGCCAUGCCUCUGCUGGGAUGGGGAGAAUAUGAUUAUGAACCUCUGAGAACCUGUUGCACACUGGACUACACCAAAGGAGACAGAAAUUUCAUCUCCUACUUGCUUCCAAUGGCAUUUUUCAACUUUGUGGUUCCAGUUUUCAUCAUGUACACUUCCUAUCAAUCAGUGGCACAGAAGUUCAAGAAAACUGGACAGAAAAAGUUUAAUACUGGACUUCCGCUGAAGUCACUUGUUAUAUGCUGGGGCCCCUAUUCUCUUCUAUGUCUGUAUGCCGCUGUUGAAGAUGCCACACUUAUAUCUCCUAAACUGAGAAUGAUCCCUGCUAUCCUGGCCAAGACUUCACCAGCAAUAAAUGCUUUAAUAUAUUCUCUCGGAAAUGAGAACUACAGAGGUGGAAUCUGGCAAUUCCUGACUGGACAGAAGACGGAACCAGUUCAGACUGAUAACAAGACAAAAUAAACAAGUUGUUGAUUUGUUGAACUUCAACCUGUUAAUAAUGGAUGAAACUGACUUGUUGAACUUAAACUUAUGGUUAACCUGUCAUUUCAAUUGGUUCCACAUUGGAAGUCACAAAUCACCAUUUGUGUAUAAGCUAAAAUAAAGAUGGAUAAGAACUGUAAUCGAUUCCAUUCCCACUGUUUUAUCAGCAGUUAAAGUGCAUUAUGUUUUCAACAAGCUGCCUGUAAAAUAUGAUUGUUUGUCGUAAAUGUGAAUGUCAUUACAAAUAAACUUUAUUAUGUGG